AUGUCGCAAAUGGAUGUCGAUGUUUCUGAUCCGCUUACUGCGUUGAUUACUCUCAGAGAGGAGAUUGAACCAACAGAGGAUACACAACUAAUUGGGUCGUUUUACGAGUUGGAAGAUCUCUAUGAAAGAAAACUAUGGUAUCAGUUAAGUGAAUUACUCACCAAGAGCAUCUACAAGAAUGAAAAUUCAAAACCUAUUCGUCUCCGGCUCUACGAGAACUUUGUUUUCACAUUUGCCCACAAGAUCAGCCAGUUGAAGUUGGUGGAAUUCUUAUUGUUGUCCAUUGGAGAAUGUAGUUUGGAGGACUCUUUAGAAUAUUUGCAUAGCUUAGAGCUAGAGAUCACCGCAGUCUUAUCGAAGCAACAGAAUGGUUCUGCAGAAGAAGGUGUAAACUUUAACGAAGUCAGACAGGCUGAUAUUUUUGUUAGGAUAGAGACGGCUAGAAUUAAGCUGGAAAUGGGUAACGUGGAUGAAGCCACUACAAUUAUUGAUGAGAGUUCCAAAAAAAUUGAUGAUCUUGUUAGUUCUGUUGAUAAUCGUGUCAAUGCCAGUUAUUAUCGAACCAAUGCCCAGUUGAUGAAGAUUAAUGGAGAUUACAGUGCUUAUUAUUACAGUUCACUGCUCUUCUUGGCAUGUAUCACUGACUUGAAUGAGCUAACUAACAAGACGCAGAUAGUUAGAGAUAUCUGUGUUAGUGGCUUGCUAGGAGAUAAGAUCUACAACUUUGGAGAGAUUAUCAUGCACGAGAUCUUCCAAUAUCUACAGGAUGACGAUUGGUUGAAGCAUCUUGUGUUGUCUUUAAACAACGGAGACCUAACUGGUUUCAAAGAGAUCAUUGAUUCGCCAGAUGUUCAGUCAGUCCCUGAACUUUCCAACAGUGUGGAGUUUUUGAAGCAGAAGAUGUGUAUCAUGGCAUUAAUCGAGAUCGUUUUCAGCAAGCCAACCAACAGCAAAACGGUAAAGUACAGUGAAUUACUAAAGGAGAUACCGUUAUUGAAAAAUGCUGAUGAUGUCGAGAGGUUGACGAUGAAAUGCUUGAGUUUGGGAUUGAUUAAGGGACACAUUAAUCAGGUGUCGUCAGAGGUUGAAAUCAACUGGAUCCAGCCAAGAACAAUGACCAGAGAUCAGAUCGUUAACAUGAAGAAGAAGAUGACCCAAUGGAGCGAACGUGUUGAAGAUUUGAACAAGUAUAUGGGAGAUGCUGGAAAGGAGUUGUGGGUGUGA